CGUCAAGCCUGGGAGCAGGAAGAUGUCGAAUGAACUUGAUUUCAGAUCUGUACGGCUGCUAAAGAAUGACCCAGUUAACUUCCAGAAAUUCCCCUACACUAACGAGGAUGAGGCCUGGAAGACCUACCUUGAAAAUCCCUUGACGGCGGCCACGAAGGCCAUGAUGAGAGUCAACGGAGACGAUGAGAGCGUUGCGGCCCUGAGCUUCCUCUACGAUUACUAUAUGGGUCCCAAGGAGAAGCGGCUACUGUCCUCCAGCACUGGGGGCCGGAACGACCAAGGAAAGAGGUACUACCAUGGCAUGGAAUAUGAGAUGGACCUCACCCCCCUUGAAAGUCCCACGCACCUCAUGAAAUUCCUGACGGAGAAUGUGUCUGGAACCCCAGAGUACCCAGAUGUGCUCAAGAAGAAUAACCUAAUGAGCUUGGAGGGGGCUGCACCCACACCGGGCAAGGCAGCUCUCCUCACCCCAGGCCCCAGCAAGCUGGAAGCUGGCUCUGUGGACGGCUACCUGCUGCCCACCAGUGAUGUGUAUGAUAAUGGCUCCCUCAGCUCCUUGUUUGAGAGCAUUCAUGGGGUGCCUCCCACACAGCGCUGGCAGCCUGACAGCACCUUCAAAGAUGACCCACAGGAGUCGCUGCUCUUCCCAGAUAUCCUGAAAACAUCCCCGGAACCCCCGUGUCCAGAGGACUCUCCCGGCCCCAAGAGUGACUUUGAGUACACCCUGGGCUCCCCUAAAGCCAUCCACAUCAAAUCGGGCGAGUCGCCCAUGGCCUACCUCAACAAGGGCCAGUUCUACCCUGUCACCCUGCGGACCCCAGCAGGCGGCAAAGGCCUUGCCUUGUCCUCCAGCAAAGUCAAGAGUGUGGUGAUGGUGGUCUUCGACAACGAGAAGGGCCCGGUGGAGCAGCUGCGCUUCUGGAAACACUGGCAUUCCCGGCAACCCACCGCCAAGCAGCGGGUCAUCGAUGUGGCUGACUGCAAAGAAAACUUCAACACUGUGCAACACAUCGAGGAGGUGGCCUAUAAUGCACUGUCCUUUGUGUGGAAUGUCAACGAGGAGGCCAAGGUGUUUAUCGGCAUCAACUGCCUCAGCACAGACUUCUCUUCGCAGAAGGGGGUGAAGGGUGUCCCCCUGAACCUUCAGAUCGACACCUACGACUGUGGCUCAGGCACUGAGCGCCUGGUACACCGAGCUGUCUGCCAGAUCAAGAUCUUUUGUGACAAGGGAGCGGAAAGGAAGAUGCGGGAUGAUGAGCGGAAGCAGUUCCGGAGGAAGGUCAAGUGCCCCGACUCCAGCAACAGUGGCGUCAAGGGCUCCCUGCUGUCCGGCUUCAGGGGCAAUGAGACCACCUACCUGCGGCCUGAGGCAGACCUGGAGACCCCACCGGUGCUGUUCAUCCCCAACGUGCACUUCUCUGGCCUGCAGCGCCCUGGAGGGGCAGUGCCCUCAGCAGGACACGGCACCUCCAACAGGCUGCCUCUGAAGCGUACCUGCUCACCCUUCACCGAGGAGUUUGAGCCUCUGCCCUCCAAACAGGCCAAGGAAGAUGACCUACAGAGAGUGCUGUUGUACGUGCGGAGAGAGACCGAGGAGGUGUUUGACGCCCUCAUGUUGAAGACCCCGGACCUGAAGGGCCUGAGGAGUGCGAUCUCUGAGAAGUAUGGGUUCCCUGAGGAGAACAUUUACAAAGUCUACAAGAAAUGCAAGCGGGGAAUCUUGGUCAACAUGGACAACAACAUCAUUCAGCAUUACAGCAACCACGUCGCCUUCCUGCUGGACGUGGGGGAGCUUGACGGCAAGAUCCAGAUCAUCCUUCAGGAGCUGUGAGCCCUGAGCCUCCACAGCCUCACACC